AUGGCUGCCUACAGCAAGGCUCAGUUGCCUUCAGUCAAUGGCUACGAUUCGGCAAGAUAUGCAGAUGCAACUUAUGAACCGUAUUCUGCUACCGCAUUUUCAGCUCAGCAAACUGAAAAGUUUGCCCAGUUGAACCAGUCAUCAUUCGCAAGUAAUAACAAUGCAGUGGCUCAAUACAUGGCAACGGGGUCUACUGUGGUUUCUUUCCAUCCCUCUUCUGGCAUCUUUGGCACCAAGGUCUUUUUUAAGAUACAUUCGCAAGACGAUCUCUUCACGCUAUCUACUCAAACAUUUGUGCUCUUUGGAGGUGCAAAGUGCCCUGUAGAUCUUAUCCGAGAUUCUCAGGAUAGUAGUGGCUUUGCAUUCUCGUGCAGUAUAGACGCGCCGCAGCCUCUGGUCACAGGAGGUAAUACCAGCGUGCCUGUGUCAUUUGUUACUGAGGCUCCCACAGGAGGAGAGAUCUCGCGGACAGCCGCAGGGACUUUCCACUAUCUGGAAGGGUCCGAGGAUGAUAUCACGCGGGCAGACAAAAUGGCCAAAGAUGGCAGCACAGCACCUGGUCCCGAAAUCGAUCAGGCGAGUCCUUCACCGAAAGCUGAAGCGCCUUCUUCAGCCGCUACAAAUACUUAUGAAUAUCCACCGCAACAAAGCCAAUAUGCCAAUACAUUCCCGCAGGCCAGUAACGACAUGCUAUCCACAUACCGAACCACUAGUUAUUCCGACCCGCCCUACCACCACCACCACCAGCGGCGCACCCAUCCGCCCUGGAGCGGUUAUGGCAGUGCCUUGGCUAGUGCGGGAAGAAGUUCUUCAACGUUUGACCAUCCUACGAUAUCCAGUCGAUCUAGCUUAUCGCAUCAUCUAUCUAUUCCGUCAUCAGGGAACAAUGGGGCUCCCCAGUUGGUCCGCACCAGCACCAUUACCGCUGGUGGAAGCGGCCCCUAUCAUCCUAUGUAUACCCAUAAGGCGGUUUUGAAGAUUAACGGUAAUCUCAGCGACAUGGCUGCGAAGUGGACGGAAGAAGAAUGGGGCAAUCGUCGUCGGAUUGUCCAGUUCAAGAAAACCCAGCACCAAGCAGUUUUAAAUGUGAGCUUCAAAGCCGUCCCAGUGAAUGAGAGGCCCCCAAACAGCAUUUGCAUUUCAUGCAUCUGGUGGGCCGAGAAAUCUGACUGUUAUGUCACUUCGGUCGAUACUAUUCAUCUACUUGAGCAACUUGUAGCUGCUCCCAACCGAUUUAGUGUUGAAGAGAAGAAUCGCAUUCGCCGCAACCUCGAAGGAUUUCAUCCUGUCACCGUCUCAAAGGCCAAAGCGGAUAGUGAAGAGUUCUUCAAGAUCAUCAUGGCUUUCCCUCAUCCCAAGCCUCGGAAUAUUGAGAAAGACGUCAAGGUGUUCCCAUGGGCAACUCUUGAGCCAGCACUUAAGAAAAUUAUUGGCAAAUAUAGUGCCAACCCCAGCAGCAUAAUGACCCCCGUGAGCGCGACGUCGUCAUAUGGCCCCCCGCCACCUAGUCACCACAGCCUCGCGUCGCAGCACGGCAUUUCUUCACAACAUGCAGAUUCUCACAGCCAGUAUCCCAUGCACUCAAGUUACAAUUCGGGGCAUCAUGAAGCGAUUCCAUCGCCUCGCUCACAAGCAUCUUGGGCAUCAGCUGCGACAUAUUCUACGGGUGCGGGCCGAGGACUCAGUCCUAGCCUUCGCAAUCAUCAUAGCCCUCCACAGUCCUCUUUGCGUAUCAAUACUAGCACAGCACAGCUUCCAGCUGCCUCUGCAUAUGAUGCGAGAGCAGUGGCGAGUCCAUAUGCCAGCACUGUCCUACACACACCUCUCAGCCAUCAUCAUGCGGCAACGCCUCCUCGAUGGGAUGCGGCACCCGCGGCCUACGCCGACAGCGGCUACCCAGCCCUCACUUCGCACCAAGCAUCGGGUGCACAGUCGGUAUAUGCCGCUGCCGCAUAUAACGAUGGCCCCCAGCGAGCGUAA